CGUAGUCUAGUGGCCGGUGGAAUUGGCCCAGGAUGACAGCUGGAGAAUGGAGUCAGUUUUAUCCAAGUAUGAAAACCAGAUUACUAUUUUCACUGACUACCUAGAAGAAUUUCCAGACACAGAUGAGCUGGUAUGGAUCUUGGGGAAACAGCAUCUCCUUAAAACAGAAAAAUCUAAGCUGUUGUCUGAUAUAAGUGCUCGUCUAUGGUUUACAUACAGAAGGAAAUUUUCACCAAUUGGGGGAACAGGCCCUUCCUCAGAUGCUGGCUGGGGAUGUAUGCUACGCUGUGGACAGAUGAUGCUGGCUCAGGCUCUUAUCUGCAGACACUUGGGAAGGGACUGGAACUGGGAGAAACAAAAAGAACAACCCAAAGAAUACCAGCGGAUCUUACAGUGCUUCUUAGAUAGAAAAGACUGUUGCUAUUCUAUCCAUCAAAUGGCACAAAUGGGUGUAGGAGAAGGGAAGUCAAUUGGUGAAUGGUUCGGACCAAAUACAGUUGCACAGGUAUUAAAAAAACUUGCUUUAUUUGAUGAAUGGAAUUCCUUGGCUGUUUAUGUUUCAAUGGAUAACACAGUGGUCAUUGAAGAUAUCAAAAAAAUGUGUUGCGUCCUUCCCUUGAGUGCUGACAUACCCAGUGAGAGCCCCCACGACCCUCUGAAUGCUCCAAACCACAAUAAGGCCACCUCUGCUUGCUGCCCAAACUGGAAGCCCCUGCUGCUCAUUGUGCCCCUCCGCCUGGGCAUAAACCAAAUCAAUCCUGUCUAUGUUGAUGCAUUCAAAGAGUGUUUUAAGAUGCCACAGUCUUUAGGGGCAUUAGGAGGAAAACCAAAUAACGCCUAUUAUUUCAUAGGAUUCUUAGGUGAUGAGCUCAUUUUCCUGGACCCUCACACAACCCAGACCUUUGUUGACACUGAAGAGAAUGGAACGGUUGAUGACCAGACUUUCCACUGUCUGCAGUCGCCACAGCGAAUGAGCAUUCUGAACUUGGAUCCCUCUGUGGCGUUGGGAUUUUUCUGCAAAGAAGAAAAAGACUUUGAUAGCUGGUGUAACCUUGUUCAGAAGGAAAUUCUAAAGGAAAACUUAAGGAUGUUUGAAUUAGUUCAGAAACAUCCAUCACACUGGCCUCCCUUCGUACCUCCAGCCAAACCAGAGGUGACAACCACCGGGGCAGAAUUCAUUGACUCUACUGAACAACUAGAGGAGUUUGACCUGGAGGAAGAUUUUGAGAUUCUGAGUGUAUAGAAGAAUAGUAGGAACUCAACCUGAGGAGUGUCUUUGAUCUGGUACCAGAAGAACAUGAACUCAUUACAUAAAACUUUUCUAGUCAGCAAGUGCCUGUUAUGCCAACAGCAUACAAACAUGAUAGCAAUCAAUCAUGACUGAGCCAAUCACUGUUUCUCAGAAAACAACAACAACAACAACAACAACAACAACCCCUCCCCAGAAAAAACUAGAACAGUUAUGACAUCUAGGAGCAGAAAGAUUAGUAGUCAUCCCUUGCUUCCCAGUUUGUCUUACAUGGCCACAGCGAACCUGCCACUACUGAAAUGAGGAGGUGGACAUUUGGAAGAUAAAACAGCAGUUCCCAUCUUGCUUCAAGCAUCAGCAGAGGACAUAUGGUUACCUGUGCUUCCUCACCCUUUCAGGUGUGACCUCUUUUGGGCUAAAUACUAAGAAGCAGUCUAUUCCUUUGUUCUAAUAAUAAAGUGAUUACAUCAGGGAGAAAAAA